AUGCCGCUCCAGAUAUCGAGAAGAUGCGUGGUCAACUGCGACGGAGACGACCCGUACCAUCGAACCGCGGUUGAGCGUCGGAUCGACGGAUUCUCAGUCUCUCCGACAGAACAAGACCGUGCAUCGACGAAAGAUUGGAUCUCCGCCGUUCUGGGGACAGGUCGAGUGGAACGAGAUCGAGUGGCGGACGUUCUGGCGUUUGCAAAGGACAUGGUCCGAUUCCAUCGGGCGAAGGGCGAGAUGGCGUAUCUGGUGGCCGACAUUCUCCGCGAACUGUGUCCGGAGGACUUCGAUUGGCAAUCGCUGAGAACCCUGAAAGAGUCCGACUCGUGCAAGGUUUGCUUGGAUGCGGUCUCGGACGUGUUCACCCUCCCCUGCCAACAUCUACUUAUGUGUCUAUCCUGUUCCGGACGGACGGCGAGAUGUCCGCUGUGCAGAUGCUUGAUCGAGAUGAAGAUGUCGGAAUGCCAAAUUCCGGACGGCAUCCGAGUGUACAGAGCGUGA